GCACAACUGAUGGCUGUUUGGCGUUUUUGUUUCGUGUUGUAUAAAAUCGCAUUCUGUGUUCUAUAAUUGUCUGUCUUCUUUUUCAAUAGGGAGUUAUCUUUUCCGACUGCAAGUGAAUGCAGCACGAAGGGAGCGCGGGAUUCGCGAGCCCUCCUCCACGCUCACCCUCCCUCCCGCGCAACUGCGCGCGUGUGCCCGCCGGUGAGGGCGCGCGCACGGGAGGUGGCUGGGGGUUGUGUUCGCUUCUGCUCUCUGACCCCAGUGGCAACUCGGAUUCACUACACUCUGCACCGUCGGUGGGAGGCUGCUCUCUGCGCGACUCCCUCUCCCCUCCCGCUUGUCUGUCAGCGUCUCCCGUCCGCCUCCCCCUCGCUCUCUUGUCUGGUUUCUUUGCACAGAAGCCAGCCGAGGUCCCACCGGGUCGAAGGUUCUGCCCUACCUGCACCAGACCUCUGCCAGCCCGGACCGCCGCCGUGCUCUACCGCGCCUGCUCUCCUCUGCUGCCGCAUGGACCCUUGUCUCUCCGCUGCGUAGAGGGCGACCCCGACCCGACGCUCUUCCUCCGGCUUGGCACAAAAAAAACCCCGCACGAAUACGCCGGCAGAGUGCUGGGUGGGUGAGUCGGGCGUUUGCUGUCGUUGCUGCUGCUGCUGCGGGUGACUUCCUGGGCUUUUUCUGAGCCGCUCCAAAGGAUGUCCGCUGCACGCAUCGCUGCUGAAUCCCGGUGAACGAACGGCGUCUCAUGUCCACACGUCGGAAGGAUGGCUCAUGGCAAAGUGACCAUCACGGUGGAUGAGUACAGCUCCAACCCGACACAGGCCUUCACGCAUUACAACAUCAAUCAGAGCCGCUUCCAACCGCCACACGUCCACAUGGUGGAUCCAAUUCCCUAUGACACUCCAAAGCCAGCCGGCCACACCAGAUUUGUGUGCGUAUCAGACACACACUCGCGUACAGACGGCAUCCAGAUGCCCUACGGCGAUGUGCUGCUUCACAUGGGGGACUUCACCGAGCUGGGCCUGCCCUCCGAGGUCAAGAAGUUCAACGACUGGCUAGGUGGCCUUCCUUAUGAGUUCAAGGUGGUCAUCGCCGGGAACCACGAGUUGACCUUUGAUAAGGACUUUAUGGCUGAGCUGGUCAAGCAGGAUUACUACCGUUUCCCCUCAGUCUCCAAACUCAAACCGGAGGACUUUGACAAUGUGCAGUCGCUCCUUACAAACUGUGUGUACCUGCAGGACUCGGACGUCACCAUAAAGGGAUUCCGGAUAUACGGCACGCCAUGGUCUCCGUGGUUCAACGGCUGGGGCUUCAAUCUGCCGCGGGGUCAGUCUCUGCUGGAUAAAUGGAACCUCGUUCCAGAAGGCAUCGACAUCCUGAUGACCCACGGCCCUCCGCUGGGUUUCCGAGACUGGGUUCCGAAGGAGCUGCAGAGGGUUGGCUGUGUGGAGCUGCUCAACACGGUGCAGAAAAGGGUGCGACCCAAACUCCACGCCUUUGGAGGCAUACAUGAAGGCUACGGCAUCAUGACGGACGGUUACACAACGUUCAUCAACGCGUCCACUUGCACCGUCAGCUUCCAGCCCACCAACCCUCCCAUCGUGUUCGACCUGCCCAACCCUUCCAGCUCCUGAGACCUCAGCAAAGUGGGGGGGGGGCAUUUGGCGGGGUAUUUGGAAAUAACAGUUUAUUUGUUUGGUUUUUUUACUACAAAUAUUUCAAUAUAAAAAAAAAAAAGGAAAGAAUGUGUCUUUGCAAACUGUUGUUCCUCUCCAAGAUGUUGAGAAUGUUUGGAGAUGUAUUGGGAUUGACUUAAAGGAGAAUAUCGGUGUCCUUUUUUUUUUUUUUGGUGAUUGUAUUUGCCACCCACAAUCAACUUGUUUGGCAGAUUUCACAUCAAGACUUUACCUUCCAUUAUUAUUUUCAUCAAUUAUAAUCCAAUUAUAAUUUUUUUUUUUUUUUUUAAUUGUCCCAAUGUCAUCCUGCAGACUUAAGGUUUCAUCUCAGAGCUGCAACUUGUUGCUUUUUAAUCCCGGGGAGAAAAAUCCAUUUUGGUAAGGAGGACACCGCUAUUCUCCUUUGCUGGGGGCUUUUGUGAUUAAACAAUCUUGCUCUUGAUAAAUAUUGGUCAGAUCUUGUAAGAUAAACGAUGCUUUGUGAAUUUGUACAAUUUCUUUGUUUGGUUUGCCUUGGCCAGACAACGGAUGCCAUCUAUGUUUAACUGUUGUAUCCUCUAUUUUGUGUUUAGUUUUUUUAUUUUUCUUCCGUUUUUCUCGUCAGUUGCGCUUUUCUUAUUGGCUGACAGGGACGCUGCCUUAAACUAGCUUUAAUGUUCUCAGCUAGAGCUCCACUCUUUCUCUCUGUGAGAUCAGAGAGAAGAAAAAAAAAAGAAGAAAAAAAAGUCCUUAUUUAUUGUCCAACUCUCCCGCUAGUCAACACCGAACGCACGCAGGGACCGAAAGCAAUUGAAUUACAACCCAAACGUUUACUUUAUAUUCCAUCCUGUUCAAUGACUCCUGUUCUAAUUCGGAAAGUUUAUGUAUUAAAAAAAAAAAAAAGUAUUAUAUAUAUUCAUGUUGUAAAAUUUCUGUACUAAAAGUUGUGUUUAACGAGGGGAAAAAACAUUUUCUUAGUUGGUCUUCUUUGAUAGUUCCCCCCCCAUCUUGUUCAUUUUAGAUGAGAGGAAAAGUACAAGUUUCAAAAUCGCAAUCCAUCAGGUGCUUUUUAUCCUCGGCAACGCGCCUGCCUAAACAUGCUUAAGUUGUCCUUUCAAGUGUCAUCUUUUUUUUUUUUGCGUGUGUUUUAUUGUUUUGUUUUCUUUCUAUUUUUGCACUGUGUGUAAAUGCAAUCUUGCUAGCACAAAAAAAGAAAAAUGUUGCCAAUCGUAGUUUCGACUUUGCUGCUGUAAAUGCUCUCUUCGUGCUCUCUUCCCCUCUCGCUCUCUCUGAUUGUAUGGAAAUGUUAGUCCUCUCUUUUCGGUUCAUUGUGAUAUAUUUAGCUGCCUUUAUAUGCAAAUAAAAUUGCAGAUUUUUACUUAU